AUGUCCAUGUUCCAGUCCAGGACCCUCUCUCUGGCCUUCCUGAUCACCAUGUGUGUGUACCUCGCCACUGUGUCUGCCAACUGUGAGUACUGAUUCACUGAUUGAUUGCUGUAGUGAAUGAUUGAAAACUACAACUGUAUUGUUUAUAUUCUAGAACUAUAUAUGAAUAUACAGUAUAUGCUAUAUACUAUAUUCACACACACAUUAAAAUGCAGAACAUUUUAUAACGCGUUUACAGUUACCAUUGAGUUCAUGUAAUCAAAAGCUUUUCGAUAGUCCUUCUACAACUCAGACACAUUUUGGACCCAGAGUGGUCCAUGAACCAUAGUUAUAUGUACUUUUUAAAUACGUUUGAACUGUUUAGUUUGACAUGUUUGCUGGUAACGUAACUGAUUGCAGUUUUUUUGUGCAUUUGGAAAGUAUUCAGACCCCUUGACUUUUUCCACAUUUUGUUACGUUAAAGCCUUAUUCUAAAAUGGAUAAAAUUAUUUUUUUCCCCUCAUCAAUCUGCACACAAUACCCCAUAAUGGCAAAGUGAAAACAGGCUUUUAGAAAUAUUUGCACAUUUAUUAGAAAGAAAAAACAGAAAUACCUUAUUUACAUAAGUAUUCAGACCCUUUGUUAUGUGACUCGAAAUUGAGCUCAGGUGCAUCCUGUGUCCAUUGAUCAUCCUUUAGAUGUUUCUACAACUUGAUUGGAGUCCACCUGAAGUAAAUUCAAAUGAUUGGACAUGAUUUGGAAAGGCACACACCUGUCUAUAUAAGGUCCCACAGUUGACAGUGCAUUUCAGAGCAAAAACCAAGCCAUGAGGUCGAAGGAAUUGUCCGUAGAGCUCCGACACAGGAUUGUGUCGAGGCACAGAUCUGGGGAAGGGUACCAAAAAAUGUCUGCAGCAUUGAAGGUCCCCAAGACCACGGUGGCCUCCAUCAUUCUUAAAAAUGGAAGAAGUUUGGAACCACCAAGACUCUUCCUAGAGCUGGCCGCCCGGCCAAACUGAGCAAUCGGGGGAGAAGGCCCUUGGUCAGGGAGGUGACCAAAAACCCAAUGGUCAUUCUGACAGAGCUACAGAGUUCCUCUGUGGAGAUGGGAGAACCUUCCAGAAAGACAACCAUCCCUGCAGCACUCCACCAAUCAGGCCUUUAUGGUAGAGUGGCCAGACGGAAGCCACUCCUCAGUAAAAGGCACAUGACUGCGACGCUCCACAUCCAACCUGAGAGCUUGACAGGAUCUGCAGAGAAGAAUGGGAGAAACUCCCCAAAUACAGGUGUGCCAAGCUUGUAGCGUCAUACCCAAGAAGACUCAAGCUGUAAUCGCUGCCAAAGGUGCUUCAACAAAUUAUUGAGUAAAGGGUCUGAAUACUUAUGUAUUUUUAAUACAUUUGCUAAAAUGUCUGAAAACCGUUUUUUGCUUUGUCAUUACGGAGUAUUGUGUGUAGAUUGAUGAGGGGGAAAAAAUAAAUAUUUAAUCCAUUUUAGAAUAAGGCUGUAACGUAACAAAAUGUGGAAAACGUCAAGGGGUCUGAAUACUUUCCGAAUGCACUGUAACUGAUUACAUGUAAUUAGUUGCUCCCCAACCCUGUGCAUGCACAAGCACAAGCACACAGACAUAGGUUGGUUGAUUUUGACAGCCCUCUGACACAUCUGAGGUGGGACAGGCCACAUGUCUUAAUAGUUUCCUGUCAGUCUCUCACCAUUUUUUUUGAUGGUUAGUUUAGAGAUCUUACAAUCUUUUAUUUCUGUUUUUUCUCUCUCUCUCUCACUUCCUUCCUCCUCCCUUACUCUCUCACUUCCUUCCUCCUCCUUUUCUCUCUCAGAUCGUCGGCCCAGUAAGGUGACCACAAAUUGCUGCACAAGUGUGUCUGACACUCCCAUAAAAUUUGACCUGCAAGGAUACCGCAUCCAAAACUCCAUGCCACCCUGUGUUAAUGCCAUUAUGUAAGUCUCGAACACACGAACACACACACACACACACACACACAUUAGUAGUAAUAAUCUCUGUGUUUUGUUUCAGCUUCUACACAGUGAAAGGCGAGAAGAUCUGCUCUGAUCCCAAAGCAGCCUGGGUCGACAAGAGAAAGAAAGGUAAAGAGGACACACACACACACACACACACACACACACACACAGAGUCUAAUCUCUAUGUCUCUCUCUAGGUUUAAAAGUGAUGAAAAAGUGA